AUGGAUAUGCGCAAGAAGAAGAGAAAGGUCCUCUUGAUGGGCAAAAGUGGAUCUGGAAAAUCGUCGAUGCGCUCAAUCAUUUUCAGCAAUUAUGUUGCGAAAGAUGUCCGACGCCUGGGUGCUACCAUUGAUGUCGAGCACAGCCAUGUCAAGUUCAUGGGAAACCUCACGCUGAACCUCUGGGAUUGCGGAGGACAGGAUGCAUUCAUGGAAACAUAUCUCGCGUCUCAGCGAGGGAACAUCUUCUCCGACGUCGCGGUCCUGAUCUACGUCUUCGACAUUGAAUCCCGCGAGGUCGAGCGCGAUCUUGACACCUACAACGCCAUCAUCAACGCCCUGAAAGAAUACAGUCCCAACGCCUACGUGUUCUGCCUUGUACAUAAACUGGAUCUCAUCCAGGCUGAGCACCGCCAACGCAUCUACGAAGAACGGUCCGCCUUAAUUCGCAGUCGUUCGGAGCAUUUCAGUAUCGACACCUUUGGCAGUAGUAUUUGGGAUCAAUCGCUCUACAAAGCGUGGGCCGGCAUUGUCCACAAGCUCAUUCCAAACUUGACUGUCAUCGAGCGCUUCCUGCAAGCCUUCUCCAAGCGAAUUGAUGCCGAAGAAGUCAUCCUGUUCGAACGGUCAACCUUCCUCACCGUAACUUCCGUUUCCUCAGAAGUAGGCGACUUGAACCCCAUCUAUGAUCGCCAUGAACGACUCUCCAACAUCAUGAAAGCCUUCAAGCACUGUGCGGCGCGGAACACCCACACAACCCCUGCAUCUGCCGGGUUCGUCGUCAUGCACACGAAGACUCCGCAAUUCAACGUCUUCCUCGGCCGCUUCACGGACAAUACAUACAUUUUCCUGGUUGUACCGCCGGGCGAGGCAGCCUACAAUUGCGCCGUCCUAAACACCAUGCUAGCUCGAGAGGGCUUCUCCAAAGCCGCCGCAACUGGUCACGGGGACGGAUUUCCCCUCCCUGCGGCUGAAUCCCCGGACAACAGCAACGGGACCCAUUGA